CCUAAACCCUAGGAGUACAACGUCCGAGUCCGUCUCGAUCAAGCGGACUGAGGACAAGAAUGGGAAGAACUGCGAAAACUAUAGAUGUGAGGCGAACCGCUAUUAUUGAUUUCGCCAUUCUGUAAUGACGAUUGCAAAAGAACAGCGUUUCCUCAUGUUUGAGGAAGAACAUAAGUAAGUACUUCAUGUUUGAAGAGAAUGAAAAUAAUGUUGAAUUACAGUAAAAGCCGGAAUUAGUUUGAAGGUGGGCUCAAAAAGAGGGGAUGGCGACGGACUCGCGAAAAAUAUGCGAGUUCUUCAAAUUCACCUCGCUGGGUUCAUCAUUAUCAUCAUUAUUCUAACUAGGUGGAACACGACUGGUGUCAGGAUAUCAGUACUUUUACCUAGCACGAACUUUCAAUAAAGCCAUGUGCUCUUUUGGUUUAUUAAACAGCCUUGCAGAGACAAAAUCGUGGCCCGUAAACAACCAGAUGAAGAAGUGGAUGCUGCUGCCGCGACAACCCGAAGAAAAACAACGAGGUGACAGACUGCAUAGGCGUAAUACAGGACCACUGAAUUCGAGCUCAAAAAACUGCUUGUCAAAAACCGCUCGUAAAGGAGGAUUGAAUUUACCUAUUAAUUUUCUUACACGAUACCGCUUGAAAUUUCUUCAGGCGCAACGGAAGGAGUUCGUGGCUACAGUUCUUGGGAGUGUUCCGCUGAGGCGAUUACUUGCACAGGCCUGGAAUCUCUGAAGCCGCUAAUCAGGAUCUGGGAGAUUGCUUCCUGUGGCAGGCUGGUCGGAUUGCGGGUACCGAGCAAGAGUAGCUGUACCAUCAAAGUCUGUUCACAUUUCCCGCUCUUAUUGAAUAUUCCAGCAGGUCAAUUCUUCCUUGCGUGAGAAGUUGUCCGUGUCACACUACUGGUUGCGGAGGGGUGCUUGAGAGAUGGGAGGAUUGUAAGAAAGAGUUCGAUGAGCAGUUUCAAAGUUUCCAAAAAACCCGCUUAGCUCACGAAAGGGAUAA